CGACGCGAACCGCAUGUAAAUAAGCAAAGGGUUUUAAAUCAGAAAUUUUGUUUUACUGAAAAAUCACAAUGGAGAUGGAUCACAGAAAACAGUACAAACACAAAGCUAGUGAUGUUAACAAAAUAAGAGACAGACGCCGACAGCAGGAUUCGGAGGCGCGUAGGGAAAAGCGCGAGAAGGUGCUUAGUGCGAAGAGAUUCCGUUUCGGCAGUGGAGGGGAAGACAGUGAUGAGAUCACAGAGGCAGAGGUUGUUGCGUCCACCAAGGAGCUGAUGAAGAGUGGUGAGCAUAGGAAGGGCUGUCUCCGAUGUCUGAGGAAAGCUUUCGCUCAAGGAACAGUCUACAUUGACGCAUUCUUAGGCGUAGAGAACAGCCUGCAGUGUUUGGUGGGGAUAUUGUCCGGUAGUGACAGCGACCUGCAGUUGGAGGCCGUCUGGUGCGUGACAAACAUCGCGGCAGGAAUGCACGACCAUGCCAUGUUGAUCAUCAAAAACGCAGCGCCCUACCUCAUCACAUUCCUCAGCAGUAAUAGUCCCGAGCUUCAGGGUCAGAGUGCCUGGGCCCUAGGGAACUUAGCUGGAGACAGUCUGGAGUGUCGGGAAAUCUUACAGGCUCAGGGUGUGAUACAGCCACUGGUGAGACUGCUCAAGUCUUCUAUGGAAAGUACAGUACAAUCUGCAGCAUUUGCACUGGCCAACAUCGCCAAAGACUCUGCCAAGGAUAUCAGCUCCAUGGUAGAGGUUGGAAUCAUCCCCGAGAUUGUGGCACAUCUCAAGCCUGAUCCUCACAACACACACAAGGUUCUGCAGGAGGUCGGGUGGAUACUCACCUACAUCUCAGCAAGUGGUGACCACACAGAGGCUCUGAUGAGUGCCGGGAUCAUGGACGUCCUCGUCCAACAGUUAAUUCCCCUGACGACCGAAGAGCCCCACGAUGCUGAGGCGAUGACUCCAUUGCUAAGAUCCCUGGGAAAUCUCUGUGGGGGUCCAGAUGAGAUCAGUAACAAGGCGUGUGAGAAUGAAGCCCUGAUCCCCGCCCUGGGGCGUUGUCUCAAAUCCACACACAGACACAUUAGACUGGAAACCCUCUGGGUGCUCUCCAACAUGGCAGGUGCUGUUCAGGUGUCUGAGGCCGUGAUGGGGGGAGAUUUGCUGCAGAGUGGAGUGGAGCAGUUGUCAGCUGCAUACGAUAUCAAGUCAGAGGCAAUGUACUUCCUGUGUAAUGUUGCACAUCAUGGCGCCCAGUUCUGCGAGGAACUGGUGAACCUCGGGGCGGUACCGAAGGUGAUUCCCCUCCUCAAGUCACAUGACGCAGAGCUCGUACACCUGGCUCUGGCGUUCUGCGAGAUGAUACUCAGGCUCACUAAGGAGGGUAAGAGCAUCUUUGAGGCGUCUGGCGGGCUGACUGCUCUAGAAGCUCUGGAAUACCAUAGCAAUGAGAAGUUGCGUCAGGAAACGUGUGAGCUUCUGGAGAAUUAUUUCUAUCAGGAGGAUAAAGAGUUGGAGAACAAAGAUGGAGAGGAUAAGAAAGAUGAAGACAAUCAGGAUCAGGAGGAAAAGAUGGAGGGAGAUAACAAAGAGGAGAAGGCUGAAUAAGGCUGAAAGUUCAGUCUUUGGACACGAACACGGAUUAUGAAAACGAGCUGCCUGUCUCAAGAAGAGCAGUUACAAGUCUGCAGAUUUUUAGUGGCACCUGGAAUCAAAGAAGCUAAUCUAAAUGAGUUUCUAUGCAGACAAGAAAAACGGAUGAUGAAAAUUUGGGAAUUGAUGGUUUGGUGUUGAACAUGAAUGGAGACCAAUAUGUCUAGAAACAUUAUCUACCUGUAAAUAACCCAAUCACAAGCUGAGUGCUGUUUUGUUCUGUUAGAUUGUGCGAAAAUUCUUCUAGACAAAAAUUUCAUUAAGAGAAAUGUUGCAUGGAACAUGUGUCACAAUCCAGAACAAAAACUAUAAACUCAGCUUGAUAUAGGGAUGUAUGACGAGACGCUUCCUGUGUGACAAUUUUUGACAAGAAUGCGAGAAAGGUGUGCAAUUGAAGUCUAGGCUUGUUAAAAGAGGGCUCCAGAAACUGUUACGGUGAACUUUGUAGAUGUUUUCUGAAUGUAUAGGAAAUACCAUUAGUGUUUAUUAACCAUGUGGUUGAAAUAUAUCCUUAGAAUCAUUCUUUUUUUUUUACCACAAUGCUCUGCUAAAGCAGAAAAUUCUAAGUGUCUUUUUACGUGUAGAAUUGCUCGACAAACCAACAAUUCAUUAAUCUCUGCUUUGAUGCUAAAACGCUUGUGUACGUGUUUGCUGUAGUACAAACACAGCAUAGAAUAUCUAAAUGCUCAUUUCGUCUUUUCUGUUUGGACUGUUAAAGUAUUUUUUAUGAAAGAGGCUAUGCCGGAGAUGUUGGGCUAAAAAUCAAUCAGUGCAAAACCAAUCUAAGUUUUGAUGUUAGUUUAGAAUACCACAAAAAUAAUUAACUGUCACAAAAAAUACCCGGUCUGAACACGAGUUACCAUUCAAAAUCAGUACCGUAAUAAAGCUCCUAAUCUUAAUAAUAAUUAAUAAUUAGUUCAAUAAUUUGAACUUUGUAAAUACAGAAAUGUUAUUUCGUCAGCGAGAUGGAUUUUUUAUUAAAAAUCGCCGGCGUACCCUCUUUAAGGAAAUGCAUAUAAUUGAAAUAAAGGGAAAAAAAUGUUUAAAAAUUGUAGUACAGAUCUUUCUGAUAGACAUGUGUUAUUGGUUAUCUUGUGGAUAAAUCUAUGUACGUAUGGUUACCACCAGCAGAGAUUCGCCGUGUUACAUGUCCUCAACCAGUGGGCCACAUAGUUUUGAGAUUUCUGAGACGACUAAAAGUCAUGUUUGUCUGUACAAUUUUUCAAAGCAGAUGUGGUACAGGUAUGUUUUGUACGAAACUGCUCUGUUGAUUUUGCUUUACUAAUUUCCGUUUUGACGUAAUACGUGGCUCUUUCUGAUUGGUGGUGCCCAUGUAGCAAAGACGUAGUACACAAAGACUGCAACGUAACGGCAAGGAAUGACGUGUUGUUAUACGGCUUGGAACCGAUUUGUUUUAGGCGGCAAAUGGUCCCUGUCAGGUGCAGAACAUCUGGUAUGAAAUGGAGGAAAGUAUCAAAUAAUUUAAAUGUGCUACUGAUAAUAUGACCCUCUGUCAAUCUACAGCCAUUUUGUUACGUUGCAUUCAUCUUGCAGUUUAUUAGCAGUAUUAUUGUACUAUGUACAGAUUGUCCUAAAAAUCAUUGCAAUUAAAUUUUAGUUUAGACGGUACACGUGCUUUUUCUCAAUAUUUUUAAUGGACGUGAUACCACUAAUCAACUGAAUAAAUAAAUCUGAUGGCAAUGCACAAUAGGCAUGUGUAUAAGCAUUACCCAAACAUUAAAAUCUUCGAUUUCAAGUCUGAUUUUUGACAUUUUUUUUAGGAUUCAAAACAUUCAGCUUUGUAAGAAAACGCCGAAAGUUUAAAAUUACCGAAAAAAAAAAUUCUUGUCUUGUGUUUUCAAUCGAUCGCUAUCAAUCUUAUACUUGUGUAAAGACCGUGAUUGACCGCUGUCAAAUUGGAAUCAUCAAUCAUUUACGCAUCGGUUAAUUGCAUUUCAGCAUUCCCUUCUUAACAUGUUGUUCGUUGUUGCUGUUUUUUGUUGUUGUUUUUGCGUGAAACUACAUGUAAAAGAGCGAAUCUAUGGACAUAUGUGUGAAAGUGGAAUUGUAUGGAUCAGACGUCGCAGUUUUCAUUCCUUAUCUCCAAAAGUCGAUUCCACAAACCAAUUUUUGGUUGAUGUAACAAAUUACAAUAAACAUGAUUAGUUUAUGUUAUUAGAAGUCCGUAUUGUUCUAAAUUUGUCUUAAUGACAUUCCUCCAGUUUAGGGUUUCCAGUUUUAAUGAUAUGGGUCCGGAAGUAAAUACUGGAAUUACAUUUGCACUAAAAUCAAAACUUGCUUCGUGAAAUCGACCAUAGCUCCUGCAUAUACAUGAACACUACGCCUAACUUCAUCAUCGUUUUUGUUUUGUAAUAUUGAACUGAAUAAACAUGGAGUAAAAACUCUC